AUGGUUUCUUCUCAAUUAACUGCUUUAAUUGAGAACAAGCCAUUCAAAUCCUCCAAGAACUAUUUUCAAUUCCCAAAAAACCCUCCCAAUGAAACAUCAGAUACUCUUGAAUUGGACUUUUCUGAUACAUUUGGUCCUCUCCCACUGCCAGCUGGCAAUUCUGAAAUUCCAAGCGAUGACCCUGUGGUCAUUUACAGCCGUUCACAUUCUUUAGUGGGCCCCACGCCAUGUGUAAGCCAUUUGCUCAAUCUAAGGAAGUUAACCAUAUGUGAAACGGAUGAAUCAUUGGAGGAUUUCAGUGAUGUGAUAGAUAAAGAGAUUGAAGAAGAAGAAGAAGAUUCUGAAAAUGGUUGUAAGGUGAAAACCAUAGGGCUUGAAGAUUUUGAAGUCAUGAAAGUUGUGGGGCAAGGGGCUUUUGGUAAAGUGUAUCAAGUGAGAAAGAGAGAUAGUUUGGAAAUAUAUGCAAUGAAAGUUGUGAGAAAAGAUAAGAUUGUGGAGAAAAAUCAUGCUGAGUAUAUGAAAGCAGAGAGGGAUAUCUUGACAAAGAUUGAUCAUCCCUUUAUUGUCCAGCUUCGUUACUCUUUCCAGACAAAAUAUCGACUUUACCUCGUUUUGGACUUUGUGAAUGGUGGACAUCUUUUUUUCCAGCUAUAUCACCAUGGACUGUUUCGAGAGGAUUUGGCGCGUAUUUAUGCUGCAGAGAUUGUUUCAGCUGUUUCUCACCUUCAUGCAAAUGGGAUAAUGCAUAGGGAUCUUAAGCCUGAAAAUAUACUACUUGAUGUGGAUGGACAUGCAUUGCUUACGGAUUUUGGGCUAGCAAAAGAGUUUGAUGAAAAUGCAAGAUCAAAUUCUUUAUGUGGAACAGUAGAAUACAUGUCACCUGAAAUUAUUCUUGGGAAAGGCCAUGACAAGGCUGCUGAUUGGUGGAGUGUUGGAAUCUUGUUGUUUGAGAUGCUCACAGGACAGCCACCGUUUCAUGGAGGAAACAGGGACAAAGUACAGAAAAAGAUAGUGAAAGACAAGAUGAAGCUCCCUGCAUUUUUGUCAAGUGAAGCACAUGCACUUUUGAAAGGGUUGCUGCAAAAGGAUCCAAGCAAGAGGCUAGGCAAUGGGGUAACAGGAAGUGAUGAAAUAAAGAAUCACAAAUGGUUCAAACCGAUAAACUGGAAGAAACUGGAUGCGCGUGAAAUCCAGCCGAGUUUUCGUCCGGAAGUUUCUGGAAAUCAAUGCAUUGCUAACUUUGAUAAACGUUGGACGGAUAUGCCCCUACUGGAUUCACCUGCAUCCAGCCCAAAUGGCUCAUCUGACCUCUUUCAGGGGUUCACUUAUGUCAAGCCUGCUGCCUCUUUUCUUCACAGACAAAGCCCAGCUUGCUAAUGGUACUCACUCUACUUAUUUGUUCUAAAAAACUUGUAUUUCUGAUUUCAAUUUUAGUGUGUUUAAUUACAAAUGUUAUUUGUGAUAUGCUUAAAAUAGUUUAUUGCGACUUAUAAUUAUGUAAGUCCAUAAAUUAAAGUUUGUUUUAAUUAGAUGUCAAAACCCUUAAAUUUUUUGAGGUAACUAGGUGAAACAAAACUAAAAGCUGGUCAUUAUUUAAUAAAAUUUAAUUUGAAACCGAGUAGUGGAAAUAACACAAGAAAAAUAUGAGACAACUGGAAUAUGGCGUUACUUUGGUGUAUCUUAUAAAACAGACAAGUGUCAUUACUUACAUGUAACAUAUGUUUGUAGAUUCAUUGUACGACUGUAACAUAUGGUAAAAAGUAAAUAGUAAAUACCACCAUUGUUUAAAGCUCAUCAAGGAAAUGGAAUCCUCCAUCAAACUCAUGCUUUUUCUUGCAACCCCAAUGACACUUCCAUUUGCAUAAGGAAUUAAAAAGCGUGAGCCUUGUGGAAUGUCGCGAUAUGAUGCUUGAUGUUGAAGGAGAUUUUGAGAGAAUGAUUGCAUACCCAUCAUCCAUAUACUCUGUUCCAUCAGGAAACACCUGCCACAAAAGGGACCCACCUCCACUCCCUCCUUUCUUAGCUGAAUCAAGUAAUGUGUUGUACACCGUGCUUAUUAAGUUGUCCCUGUAUGACUCGUUGUACCCCGGAUCCUUUUUAGAUACACCAAACUCACUGAAAACAACCGGCAUCCCGAGGUAGUUCUCCGCAUCAUCAAUGUGUGAUUGCAUCCAUGACUUUGUGAAUGCGAUAUGAUCAUUAGAUAUCGAUGGUGAAAUCCAAGAGUCUGCAUAAAUAUGAACAGAAGCAAAAUCAACACCAAGAACUUGAUGGUUUCUGAUGAAAUCGGUACCCACUUGUUGAGCAUAGGUAUUUGGAUUGUAUUGAACCUUAUUAGGUGUUGAAGGACCAUAAAAUCCUUCAAGACCGAUUUCCACUAGAUGUUUUGGAUCGAUUGUUUUCACAUAAACCGCCAUCUCUUCUAUCCAUUCCUAUAUGAUUACGUACUGUAUACUUAGUUCAAAGCAUACAAAUCAUAAAUGUUUUUUUUUUAUCGAUAAACC